UGACUGUCGACAACACAAUACCUAUCCGAGGAAGGGUCGCAAAACGCUCAAAAGCUUUACAAUCUGAUCAAGAUGCCGAAAUUCUUCUGUGACUAUUGCGAUGUCUACCUCACACAUGACUCUAUGAGUGUACGAAAAGCGCACAACAGUGGAAGGAAUCACCUCCGCAAUGUCGUCGACUAUUAUCAACGAAUUGGACACGAAAAAGCGCAGAGUGUCAUAGACUCGAUCACAAACUCAUACGCGGCCGCUGGUCAAGAGGCACAAAAUCCAAUGCUACAACAACCUGUUGGACCCAUGGCCGGGCCUCCUGGUGGUUUCGGUGCACCCCCGUUCCCAUUCCCACCCCCAGGAGGUCGAGGUAUGCCACCGCCGUUUCCAAUGCCAGGCCCUGGAGGACCUGGGGGACGUGGUAUGCCGUUCCCUUUUCCGCCGCCAAACAUGCCUCCUGGUCCGAAUGGGGGCCCACCUCCUGGCCCAGGUCCGAACGGUAUGCCUUUCCCGCCUCCUUUCCCUCCUGGUGCUAUGAACGGUCCAGGCGGAUCACCACCCCAGGGGAUGCCAUUUCCGCCACCGAAUGGCUUCCCGCCGCCAGCCUUCUUCCCUCCAAACAUGGGACCCGGAGGACCUGGCAUGAGUCAAUCCCCAGGCGCACCACCUGGUGGCAUGCCAUUCGGUAUGCCUCCUCACGGCGGGCCGACGCCGCCUGGAGGUCAAUUUGGUGGUCCUCCUGGGCCACCUUUCAAGCGCGAGUAGUCAAUACGUUAGAGAUUCGAAGGAAGAUGUACCAUCACGCAUUGGAGUUUUGAAAAGCACGGGCGGCGAAAGGCGUUAGGAUAGAUGUAUGAAAAGACAUCAAUCGCAUACAAUUGCGUUUGCGGAGGUGUAUUCUAAUUGAAGAAGUCAGGUACAAUCACGAUACAUUGACACCCAUGGGAAGGAAUCCUGCGCUUCUCAAUGAACUGGUUUUGCGCAACCAGCAGCCGAUACUCCAAAAAUUUCUAACGCAAAACGAUGUAGAGGCAGAACUAGCAACUGAGAAAGUCAUUUUUGUGCAAUAUUACAGUCUUUAAGCAGCA